CAGAAUGCCCGCCUAAGCAUCUGCCAGCGGCACAAUGACAACGACAAACAUUGACUACGACUACCUGCUCAAGUUCCUGGUACUGGGAGACUCGGGCGUGGGCAAGACCUGCCUCCUCUACCAGUACACCGACGGACGGUUUCACACGCAAUUUAUCUCCACGGUUGGAAUUGAUUUUCGGGAGAAGCGAUUGGUGUAUAAUUCGCGCGGGCGACGCCAUCGCAUACAUCUCCAAAUUUGGGAUACGGCGGGUCAGGAGCGCUUUCGUUCCCUGACAACUGCCUUCUAUCGUGACGCCAUGGGCUUUCUGCUAAUCUUUGAUCUGACCAGCGAGAAGUCCUUUCUGGAGAUCACCAACUGGCUGGAGCAGCUGCGCAUGCACGCCUACUCCGAGGACCCGGACGUAGUGCUCUGCGGCAACAAGUGUGAUCUUCUGCAGCUGCGCGUGGUCAGUCGUGAGCAAGUGAGUGCUCUGGCCGAGCGGUAUCGCCUCCCGUACAUCGAGACGAGCGCCUGCACGGGCGCCAAUGUCCAGCAGGCUGUGGAGCUGCUGGUCGGCCGCGUCAUGGAGCGCAUCGAGAACGCCAUGUGCAAUCGCGAGCUGUCCCUCCUGAUGACGCAGUCCCGCUGUCUGCCUAAUUUGGUAUUUGGACCGGAGCUGGUUCGUUUGGGGGAGCCGGGCGCGAGCCACGACGUCUCUGAGUCAACGCGUCGUAAUUGCAACUGCUAAUGGGGGCCAUGGUCGUGGCAAGUGGGUGGAAUUUGUUCCAAAAGCUCCAAAAAUAAUU